GAAGCGGGUGACAGGAUUUCAACGCAACGUAUUCGAAAUCAGGCAACUGCAAGAGUGCUCGGGAGUGGAAGUGGUACUUAAGCGGAAGCGGAAGCGUGUCAUUGUACCGCACUGAGACGAACGCAGAGAAAUUUAAGGACACGAACUGCAAGCACGGGUCCAGUUUAGCCAGCUAUAGCUCCCAAGCUGAGCUGGACUUCAUGCUCUCACUAUACUCGGGGGAAUGGAUGUGGAUCAGUCAGAGCAACUACGUACUGGGUGAUGACGGGUUGCUGUCGCCUGUAACCGGCUGCUCCAACAACUGCGAAGAGGAAGGCGUCAUGUGUCUCAUCGGUAGUUACGCUCUAGGCCCAGAGUUUCGCGAGUGUAAAGAUAGAGGAGAUUACAUGUGCGAGAUGACACCAGAAACAUGGUCGAUUGAGUUCGAUAACUGCUGCUCGACACCCUGCCUUCACGGAGGUACAUGUACGGAGGUGGUCGGCCCAGAUCCGUUGUACACGUGUGACUGUACCGAUACUGGAUAUACGGGACUUCAGUGCGAAAAAGGUCGAAGAUGCCCAACCACCCCGAAACUGUCGCAUGCUAGGGUCAGAAAGACGGGCCGGAUUAUGGACAGCACGGCCCUUAUCACCUGCCAUACAGGGUACGAGACCAAGGAAACGUCAUCAAUGACAGCCAUCUGCCAUCUCAGUGACGGCACGAUGCAGUGGGUGCCGCUGACCUCCGAUUGCACGAUUAUACAUUGUCCAACUCUAUCGACGGACGAGCAUGCGGCAUGCUCUAAGUGUCCGAAACCGGAUCCAACCUAUUUAACGAAGCUAACGCACGCGUGCGAGGACGGCUACUACUAUGCACCUACGAAAGAGAAGACGAAAGCCUUUGUCUGCAGCGCUGAUAAGACCUGGCAGCCCAACUACGUCCCGUGUGAUGUAUCAUAUGCCCUGUGCCUGGACCGUACAUUCAUGGCAUAUGUUGAGGACAACAUUGACACCUCCUACAAAGGGAGUACGUUCCUCAUAACUGAUCACGAGGGCUACGGAGUACGCCGACUACAGCCCCUUCGGGAGGUUAUAAUGUGA